AUGUCUAAUAUAUUGUAGAGAAUGGUAACUAAAGAAGUUAAAAGGAGAUAAGUUGAUAGUCGUUUAUUAAAUAAAUCAUAAUAAACAUUGAGAUAAUUGAUUCCUGAUUUGAAAUCUCCUAUUAAAUCACCUUAAGUCUCAACUGCACUUGAAUAAUUUAAGAGUAAAUUUACAGAAGGCAAGUAUAUUUUUUAAAUUGAAUAAUAACGAAAAAGCUAAUUAGAUGAAGUAUUUUAGAGAGUACAAAUACCAAUAAAAAGAGACUUUUUAGAUGUAUUAUUGUAAUAAUUUGAAACUGAAUUAUGGAGAGUUUGUAAUGAAUAGAAUCUCCAGUAUUUAAGUGAUCGUUAUUUGAGUUAUUAAUUAUCAAAUAACAAGUUUCUUAAACAUCUUGUAUAAUUUGUUGAUGAAUAGAGAGAAAAAGCUGAACUUGCAUUGGGAUAAUUAGCAGGGAAAGAAGCAACUAUUAAUGAAUUGUAAAAUAAAUAUGCACAAUUAUAAAUGAUGUUUCAAUAAUUGUCUCAUAAUAAAGAUGAUGGAUAAACUAAGUUGAAUAAAAAUGAAAGUGUUAAAAGAUAAAAAGAAUUAUAUAUGGAAAAUGUGAGAUUGAAAAAUGAAAUUGAAAGAAUUUAAGAUAAAUUAAAAUAAAUUGAAAAUCAAACAAAUGUUUAAAAAUUAUAAGAAUAAUAUUAAGAAUUAGCAAGAAAAUCAAGUGAAAAAAUUAAUGAACUCUUAAAUGAAAAUUAAAUUAAAGAAAAAUAAUUAUAAAAACUUAAUCUCCAUUAUUAAAAUAUUAAAUCUCAAUAUAAUAAAUUAGAAAAUGAAUCAAAAGCAUAUUAAACUGUAUUUGAAGCUAAUAAAUUACAUCUUGAUAGAUUGAUUAAAGAAAAUGAAAUACAUACAAAUUUAAUGAAUAGAUAUAGGGAAAUUGCUUGUAUGUAAAGAGAAGAUUUUGAAGUGAGAAUCAUGUAUUAUAAAGAAGAAUUAAGUGUAGCAUCUAAAGCAAAAGAUAAAUUAAUGCAAUUAUAAUCAAAAUUAGAUAGAUUUUAAAUUGAAAAAUCAAAAGAUAUAGAACCACUACCAAAUAAUAAUUAUGAGAAAGAGAAAACAGGUUUAGAGAAAUUUAAUGAUUUAUUUAGUAAUGAUAAAACUUAUCAACGUUUAACUUAUUAAGCUUUACAAGAAGAAAAAGGAAGAAUUGUUACUAGAGUAGGACAUUCAAUUGUUACUAUGGAAUAACAUUUUAAUGCAUAAGAAAUAUAAUUGGAGAAAUUCACAAUUGGAUAUUGUCCAUUUAUAAAUUUAGUUGAACAUCAUAAAAAAACUUUAGAAUAAGAAUUUAGUGGAUUAUAAUACAAAAGACCAAAUUUAUAAUUAUUAGUUACAUUAAGAGUUAUUCUUGAUAGUAAAUGGAAUGAAAUGUAAAUUAAACCAGAGAAAAUGUGGACUCAUUUACCUGAAUUUGCAUAUUCUCAUUUGAUGAAUUUUAAAGUAGAUAUGUAAACAAAAUCAAUAAAAAAAAUAGAUUAAGAUGUUCAUCGUAUAGAUGAUCAAAUAAUCAAAUUUAUUGUAGAUUUUAGUAAUCCUGUAUUUGAAAAGAAUUGGGAAUGUAUUACAUUUUAAGAAUUCUUAAAUGAUUUUACAAGUUAAGAUGAAAUCUAUUUCUAUUUAUAUGCUCGUAAUCUCUUAUUUCGUGGACCUGAAUGUUCACAUACUACAGCAUUCUAUGAACCACAUCAUUAUAUUCCAUUAUUAUAAGCUGAAUUUGUAGCUACUCAUUUACUAUCACAAUAUGAAACUGCAACACUCUAAUAAGUCAAAAAAGUUUUAAGAGAAAAAGCAGUUAAUAAGACUAUUACUAAGAACUUAUUUAUAGUAGAUGCUUCUUUUGUUUUGAGAAUAUUACUUGAAUUUUAUAGAGUAGAACGUAGAAAUAGAUAUAAAAUGUUCAAAAUAGCAUUUGGUAGUAGAGCUACAAAUAUCAGUUUCAAAUAAUUUAGAGUUGUUUUAAUUAGCAAUUAUCCUUAUAUUACAGAUCUUGAAUUAGCAACUCUAUAUAGAGAGGCAUAUUCUUUUACUGGUACUGGAGUAUCAAUUGAUUCCUUUUAUACUGUAGCUUCUGAAACUGGAUUUUUCGUAAAACAUCUUAAAUUACAAAAUCUUACUACUCAACCUAAAAUUGUUAAUAAAGAAUUCGUUUUUGAACCUGAUACUCAACCUUUCCUUAUAGUCAAUGAAGCAUACAAGAGAGUAAAUUAUAAGUAUAUAAUUAUAGUUUUAAGCAUAUUAAAAUAAAUUUGAAUAAAUAUUAAUUGAUUUUGGUUUGGAGGAACUAUUUGCAUAAUUUAAAGAAUUAGAUAAUUUAAUUUAAUAGAAAUUUGCACCUCUUUAACAUAAUUAAAAAUCUUUAUCAUAGAUUAUUGAAAGUUAUAUGAGUGUAUUUAGAAAUAUUAAUAAUUUAAUAUGUAAUAGACUUUACCUUUAAGAUUAGUAAAUAAUAUUAUAUAUUUAUAGGAUUCAAUAAGGGUAAGAGUUUCUAAUAAAGCAUGAAGAGAAAAUGAAACUUAAUAAAGAGUAGAAUAAAGAUGCUUAAUUUUAUUCUGGUGAUAAUUUUAAUAAACAAUAUUUGAGAAGAGAAGAUUUUAUUCCUGAUAUAGAAAUAUUGAAAGGAUAGAUGGAUUGUUUAGAACAUUUAGGAUCUUAUUUAGAAUCUUAUGAAUUAGUAAAGAAGAGGAGAGAUUAUUGUAUGACAAUUUAAGCAAAGAAAAUUUAGAAGUUUGUUAAGAAAAAAAUGAAUAAAUUUUAUAGUUUUGUAAGUUCUUUGUUAAGUGCCAAAUUCAAAGCUUCACUAAAAUAAGGAAAAUGA